UAUUCAUACACCAUGAAAAAGAAAUCGGCACCUGGUUUACUUGCUGAUGUUUUGCUCGGCGAGAAAUCGGCCAGCGUAAACAAUGAACUUGAUGCGCUGUUCAAGAACAGUGCCGGUCCAAGUAGCGUCACGAUCCAUUCGACCGUUCCAAAGAAACCCGUUGACUUGACCGAGAAACAAGCGAAAAUGCAGGCUCAUAAAGAACUGGAAGCCAUUAAGAAGGCGCAAGCCUUGGGUGAGGCCAUGUCAAGAAAGAGAAAAGCCGAUGCCAUGGACGACGAAACCGAUGCAUCAAAUAAGAAAUCCCCGGAACAGAUCAAGGCCGAGGAACAGGAAAAGGAGCAACGUACAGUUUUUGUUGGCAACUUGUCGGUGAAAUGCAUUGAAAAGGCUGGCUACAAGGCCCUGAAAGCCAAGUUUCAAGAAUGUGGUACGAUUCAGUCCAUUCGUUUCCGCUCGGUGGCAUUAGCCAUUCCGAUGAACCGUAAAGCAGCAUUUCUCUCGGGAAAGAUCCAUUCUAGCCGUGACGUAUUGAACGCCUACAUUGUAUAUAAAGAGAAGGAAGCAGUCAAUAAGGCAGUAGCUAUGAAUGGUCAAAUCUUUAUGGAGAAGCAUUUGCGUGUCGACAGCGUUGCAGCACCCAAGCCUCAUGAUCGAAAGAGAUCCGUUUUCUUGGGUUCAUUACCGUUUGACGUUCAAGAAGAAGAAUUGUGGGCGUUUUUCAAGGAUUGUGGCGAGGUUGAAAGCGUACGCGUUGUUCGUGAUAAAAGCACGAAUAUCGGUAAAGGCAUCGGUUACGUUCAGUUUGUGGACCGCGAUUCUGUCGAUACCGCGCUGGCGCUGGAGGAUAAGCAAUUCCGAGAGAAGCACAAGAUCCGUAUUCAGCGCUGUAAAUUAUCAGUAUCGGAAGGUGGCCAACCGUCGGCUCCCCCGAAACAAAACAAAAAACAAAAGACUUCCGGUAAAGACAACCGCAAGGGUGGCAAGCCCCAAGGCGCAAGAGGUGCGAAAGGGGCUGGAAAGGGUGGAAAACCGUUACCAGGUUUGAAGCGAUUUGAAGGAACUCGUGCGACCAGAGAUACCGGCAAGAAAUUCAAAUUACAAAAAACCAGCAGCAAGAAUAACGCCGAACGACGCAUCAAGAACAAACACUAGACAAAAAAAAAAUUGAAUCCUUAUGGGGUGGCCGAUUCGAUUCCAUUGCUCACAUCAUACUCUUUCUCAUUGUAAUGUACGGCCUGUACAAUACUUUGCUCAUUCUUUUUUUUUUUUUUUUUUUUAAUCUCCAGUAAUCUCCAGCUCAUUUUUACAAUAUUCCAUAAAAUCAUAGCAGAAGUUUCCAUGUCACAUUAGACAUUACUUGCACAUUCUUUG